CUUAUCUUUUUUCCAACACCACACACUCCCCUAACCCUGAAAACAAGCUUCUCGCUGUCCUUAGCAGCAAAAGGAAAAAAACAAUGGCUAUCCUUCAUUUCACUCCAUCUCCAUGUACUCCUACCUUAAUUGUCAACAAACCAAAACACCCCACAACAAUUUCAACCUCCCAAUCGAAGUUCAACCCCAAAACCCACCAUGGGUCUUUCAAAAGAUUGUCGACUUUGAUAGCAAGAUCUUACAAAGUUGUAUUGGAGCAUGAAGGCAACUCUACCGAGCUAGAGGUGGAAGACGAUGAGACCAUACUAUCAAAGGCAUUGGACUUGGGCAUAACCGUGCCAUAUGAUUGUCAGCUUGGGGUUUGCAUGACUUGCCCUGCUAAGCUCUUAAGUGGAACCGUUGAUCAAAGUGAAGGUAUGCUUAGUGAUGAUGUUAUAGACCGUGGGUUUGCAUUACUUUGUGUAGCUUAUCCAACUUCAGAUUGCCAUAUCAAGACUAUCCCUGAAGAAGAACUGCUUUCUUUGCAGUUAAAAACAGCUAAUGAUUGACACUGAAACUGUUUUUGUGUGUGUCUGUUGGAUGCUGUGUUUUUAUCUUGAACGAAAUGGAGUUAAAACUUAUUUGAUAUCUUCAUAGGUUAUUUUCCCAGAUUGAGGAGGAAGAGAAUGGUGUUGAAUUGAUCCUUUAUUUAUGUAUUCUUGUAAGAAUAUAAAA